AUGUACAUUAUCUGGAUCAUCCCGUCGGCUGUGGCCAGGAAUAUCGAGACGAUGAUUGUAUCGCGGUUUUUUGAUGGGGUAUCUGGGAGUGCGUUCCUCGCCGUCUCACGGACGACGGUGAGUGACCUGUUUAGUCGGAAGGAUCUCCAGGGGCCGAUGCUGUUGUACUCGAUGUCACCGUUUAUCGGGCCGGCCGUUGGGCCCACGGUGGACGGCUUCGUCAACUACUACAUCCAGUGGCGGUGCACGUUCUAUCUGCUGCUCAUCUGGGCGUUUGUCAUGGCCUUGGCCAUUUCAACCACCUAUUACCAUUCCCGCUUCGACCUUCAGGUAUAUAGUCAUGCAGCCUAUUCGUAG